UAAUAUUUUAAAUAAAUGGAUUUUUAAAUCUAAUACAAUGGAGAAACUACUAAUUACAAUGGCAUUUCUUCUUUUGAGGAACUUAUAAAAGAUAUAGAACAAAAAUAUUAAACGAUUAAAGAUAUUGAAUUAUCUUAUUAGGAUGAGGAAGGUGAUAUAAUUUAAGUGUCAAACACCAGUGAUUUAAUUGCAAUUGUAAUAAUAUAUAAUUUCAUUAUUUAGAAUGGGCCCCAAUUAAUUCAAAUGAAAGCAACAAAAGAUGAACAAAAAUAAUAGGAGUUGGAGAAGGAAAAGAAAAGAUAAGAAAUAAAGCUGAAAAAAAUGAAAGAGUAGCAAUAAAAGAAGUUAAAUGUAAUAUGAAUACUAUUAUACAGGCUAUUAUUAAUGAAGAAAAUACAAUUGCAACUUUGGAGGAUGAGAUUGCCAAAAAAUUAAAAGAUAAUGAGGAUGAAAUUUAUCAUUUAAAAUAGGUGUAAUAACAACUUGAACAUUAUAAACCAGAUCCUCUACCAGAUUUCGAAGUUUCUUUAAAUGAAGCUAGAUUGUUCGAUAGAAUCAAAGAAAAGGAAGAUUAAUUAUUAUACAUUGAAGUAAAUUAAUUGAAUAUUUCAUAAUAGGAUAAGAAGGGAUUUGAAACCCAAUUGAGAACUGUUCAAAAAGAAAUUCAUGAUAUCUUCCAUUAAAUCUAUGAGGAAAGAAAGAAUCAGCAUUCUGAAAACUAUAAGAAAUGGAAUCAAACUAAAUAAAGUUUAGCAAAGAUUGGACAUCAAAUUGAAUAGAAAGAGUAAGAGGCUAAGAAGUAUUCAGAGACAUCUAUUAACAAGUUGUAAAAUCAUAGAGAGAAAUUACAAAAAUUAAAAGGAGAAUUGGAUAAAAUAGAAGAUGAAACAGAGUGAAUUAAAUAAUAAUAAUAUUAAU